CCUGUACAAAAACCACAAGUUACAGAGCAUAAAAAAUAAUUAACAGUAUAAUAAAAUGCUGUGUUUAAUGUUCAUAAAUAAAUAGAGUUCAUAAUAAUAAAAUGGGUUAAAAUGUGUGCGGAUUAAAAGCAUAAAUAUAAUACGUUUAAUAAAACUAUUUACAGUUAAAAGAUAAAUUAAUAUAAAGGUCUUUAAGUUUAUCAAGGCUAAAAUAUUUGUGAAUUCAGGAUAUAAAAGAGGAAGAAGCCGUGUUUAUGUUUAAUUUAACCUUUUACCUGUCACACGUAAAUCAUUUAAUUUGUUUUGUCUUUGGUUGUAUUAAAACUUCACAAGCCAAUCCGAAUAAAGUCUCAACGUGUAAAGGGCGGGACUAGUGCAGCAGGUUAGCGUGGGGAGUAGUGAGCACAUGUAGAGAAAGAAACCUGACCGGACUGAGAGCUAAGAGGAGGCAUCGUAGUGUGGGAAGCAGUUAAGUUUUAUCGUGAGGUCGACUACUCGUGGUCCUGAUUUAAACUUCUUUGUGACCUGCAAAAAGGAGCUGGACGUUGGAGAGAGGGGUUUCCAGCAGAUGGCCCUGCUGUUUUCUGUGUUUUCUUCCUUGUGACUUCGCCACCGCCAUUGCCCACGUGUGUGUUUGGAUUGCCACCGCCAUUGCCAUUAUCUUCGUGAGAAUAUCAUCCCCCAAUCCCUUUCUGCCCCUACUAAUUACACCCUGGAUUCGUGAGUACUGAUUUACACAUUGCACGUGCUUUUAUUUUGAGCUCAAGCUGAGUGAAGCGGCCAGUACAGUUUUUAGGCCCCACCGCACACAAGCUUCAACUAACAGGCCUGCAACGGGUUAACCUAAUUUAAAGUGUGUUGUUAAUUUGAUUGUGUGUGGUACAUUGAGUUUGCAUUGUUGUAAAUUGGAGAAUCCCGUGCAUCUGAUUUUAUUUAUUUUAUUUGUUUAUUUGUUUUCUUUUCCUAAAAUACAUUCGACUAGUAUUUCAUUUUGUGAAUAAAUAUGUGAUUGAAUACUUUUACAUUUAAAAUACAGUUGUGGUGGUCAUUUAUUAAAAUUAUCCAACAGUAACAUAUGAAUCAAAGUUGUAGUUUCCUACAACGAGCCCAGGCCCAGUCUUAUUGUAUUAACCACUCUAGAUUUAUUAUUUAACUACAUGGGACAAGGGUUACAUAAAUGGAGGCCCCGCUGGGAUAAUAUUAAACUAAAAUGAAUUAGACAAGCAAAAGUAACAUGACCCCACAACUUUAAGAGCAUUUAUUUAAAGUAAUGUGCUAACAGUAACUAGAAGUAAUUAAAGUAAAGUACAACAAUGGCAGUCCUAGCAAACAGUCCAUCACAACGUGAGCUAAUUAACUGGUGCAAAGGAGAAUCAAUAGAUUUAAAGCAUGCCUUCCUGUUACAUGGAGUGCCUGAAGGUGUUUCAAGAGAAGACAUUGAAGAAACAGCAGGGACCAUCAAAGCUUGGGGAAGAGUUAGAGUUAAGGGAAAAAUGUUUCACCAUCAACAGCAAUCGCUGAUGGUGUUAUGUGAGUGUCGUGAAGAGAUCGACCCCUCUAAAAUCCCACCUGAGAUAAUGCCUAUAAGUGGAGGAAGUAGUUGGAAAACUGUCUGCUACACAGAGCCUCAGCUUGAUAACUUUGAAGAGAAGCUACUUACCUUUUUGCAGAGUGAAGGGAGAACCUUGGAGGACAUCCAAGGUCUAUGUUCCCCCACCAAAGAAAGUAAAAGCAACCCUGAAGACAUCAUCCGUGCAGUCGGUGAUGUUAUGAGCAGAACAAACAAACAACCUGACAGUCACCCAUACAGACGUCUGCGGACAUUCUCCGGGAUCAGUCCCACUCCCACUGGAGAAGAGACCUUAGACAACUGGUUGGAGCAAGCAACACUCUUAGUAGAGGAAGUUGAGUGCUCGGACAAAGAGAAACGACGUCGGAUACUGGAAAGUCUCAAAGGGCCCGCCUUUGAGAUCAUUCAAGCUGUGCGCAUGACUCAACCUGAUGCUAGCCCACGUGAGUACAUAGAGGCUAUAGAGAGCAUUUUUGGUACAGUAGAGUCCUCAGAAGAACUAUAUCUGUCGUUCAGAGCCCUCCACCAACAGCCUGGUGAGCGUCUGUCUGAGUUCCUACGAAGAGUAGAGAGAUCUCUUGUCAAAGUAGUACAAGGAGGUGGCUUACCUGUUAGCGCUGCCAACAGCACUCGUUUAGAGCAGCUUCUUAGAGGGUCCACCUCUGAACUCAUGUUGUUACAGUUGAAAAUUAGGGAGCGGAGUAGUAAUCCCCCUACAUUCUUGAACCUGUUAAGAGAAGUGAUGGAAGAGGAAGGUCGCCAGUCAGCCAGACAAAGCCAAGUGUCACACCUGCGUCCUCAGCGUGUACGCACCGUCCAAGCUGAAAAGGAGAAAGAACCUGAAUCAGUCUCUAGGAGUGAACUGCAAGCUCGGAUUCAAGAAUUGAGAGCGCAGUUAGAGCAGAGAAGCAACCCACAACCUCAGCCACCAUCUGAUGAGUCCUUUAACGGUCUUACAGAGAAACAAAAACAGAGAAAUGAGUCACAGAGUGAACUGCAAUCACUAAAGAAACAAGUGAAAGCACUAGAAAGUAAAAUGAGUGUAAUGGCAGUGAAUUACACAUCAGAACAAACACCCCAGCCACACCGAUACAAAGCAGCUACGGGUUACAAGCCCGCUCAUUCCAGAGUCUCCUCUCCCCGACAAGACAAUGAUGAGUUUUUCUGUUAUCGGUGUGGGGAAAAUGGCCACAUAGCCACCAGAUGUACUGCCCCUGAGAAUCUUCAGAAAGUCAUUAGAAAGCUCAUACGCUUGGCGCGUGUUUCCCCUCUUUCCCACAAAGAGAACCCGCAGCCUGCAGCUGAAGAACACUUUGUAGCUAGAACCAAUAAGGUUGAAGUCCCAGAGAACAACACUGACUUACCUGAAGGUCUUGUAGGUCCAUCAUUUAUUCACACCAUCAAAGUAAAUGAUGUAGUCUGCGAUGCUCUCAUCGACAGUGGGUCCAAUGUGACUAUCAUCUUUGAAAGCUGGUAUAACAAACACUUACUUGAUGUCCCGAUAAAACCCCUCUCUGGCCUUGGACUCUGGGGCCUUGCUGACACUGAGUAUCCUUACAAAGGAUAUGUUGUUGUUGAGAUGGAGUUUUCAGAAGAGAUCACUGGUGUGACGGGACGAGUAGAAGUGCUCGCCUUGAUUUGUCCUGAGCCAAGAAACCAACAACAAACCCCUGUGCUGGUUGGAACCAACACAUCUCUGUUCCGCCGCCUAUGGGAACUGGCGAAGACAAAAGGUGACGAGAACACUGUGUACUCAAUGAGAAUACAGUCUGUUUAUGCCCCUGUUAAAGCACAAGAGCAGUCAACAAAAAAUGAAGUUUUGGGACAGAUAAAGUGGGAAGGACCCGGUUCACUCUCCAUUGCUCCAGGUGCAAAGUACUAUGCAACGUGCAAAGUGGAAAGACAGAGUGCCCCGUCCAAGGAUCUUGUACUGAUCGAUGCACCCACUGACCAGUUGCUCCCCAACAGUUUGCUGGUACAGCCUGGUGUGCUCUCAGACGCCAACAUAGACAACAACAGUUUCACUGUCCUCAUUCAAAAUGAGUCCAAAAAGACAACUUCAAUCCCAGUUGGGACCGUUGUUGCUGAGAUGUAUGCUGUGGACACAGCUACCCCAGUCAGGCCUUCCGACCUCACAGCUGAAACCAUAGACCCAAGUCUCUUUAAUUUCGGAGACUCUCCCAUUCCCAAAGAGUGGAAGAGUCAGCUUCAGCAGAAGUUAGCUGAGAGGCGGAAUGUUUUCUCACUCCAUGAGUGGGAGGUUGGUCGUGCAAAGGGUGUUGAACACCACAUACGCCUGCAUGACCCCAGACCCUUCAGGGAAAGGUCAAGGAGACUAGCCCCUGCAGACAUAGACGAUGUGCGGCGGCACAUACAACAACUGCUGGCAGCUGGAAUUAUCACAGAGUCCCGUAGCCCAUACGCCUCACCGAUCGUUGUAGUGCGCAAAAAGAAUGGGAGUAUAAGAAUCUGUAUUGACUACAGAACACUCAACAACCGCACCACACCAGACCAGUACACAAUGCCACGCAUUGACGACGCCUUGGAUUCUCUCUCCGGCAGCCAAUGGUUCUCAGUCUUAGAUCUGCGCAGUGGCUAUUACCAGAUAGAGAUGGCUCCGGAGGACAAAGAGAAGACAGCGUUCAUUUGCCCUCUUGGUUUCUAUCAAUUUGAGCGCAUGCCACAAGGAAUCACAGGAGCGCCGGCAACGUUUCAGCGCUUAAUGGAAAAAGCUGUUGGUGAUAUGCAUCUUCUGGAAGCUCUCGUGUACUUGGAUGAUAUCAUCAUUUUCGGCAAGACACUUGAAGAGCAUGAGCAACGUCUUUUCAAGGUACUGGAUCGACUAGAGGAGGUCGGAUUGAAGGUUUCUAUUGACAAAUGUCAAUUCUGCCAGCCUGAGGUUAGGUAUGUGGGUCACAUCGUUUCUGCUAAUGGAAUAGCUACUGAUCCAGACAAAGUGGAAGUAGUCAAGCAUUGGAAAGAGCCCACUCACCUGAAACCUCUGAAGUCCUUCCUCGGAUUUUGCAGUUACUAUCGAAGGUUCAUUGCAAAUUACUCUGCCAUUGUCCGUCCUCUUUCUGAGCUCACCAAGGGUUAUGCCCCCACUUGGAAAGACCCCAAUUUCAAAAAGAGUGUCGACCCAAGCAAAGUCUAUUUCAAGCCAUCAGAGCUUUUCGGAGAACGGUGGACUCAGGCCUGCCAGGCCGCUUUUGAGCGUAUCCGUGACUGUUUGAUCAAUGCCCCAGUGUUAGCAUUCGCUGACCCCACUAAGACGUACAUCUUACAUGUGGACGCCAGUAUGAAUGGCCUAGGCGCUGUCCUGAACCAGGAAUAUCCUGAGGGCCUCCGACCAGUAGCUUUCGCCAGUCGGAAGCUUAAAGACUCAGAGCACAACUAUCCAGUCCAUCAAUUGGAAUUUCUGGCAUUAAAAUGGGCUGUCGUGGACAAGUUUCACGAUUACUUGUAUGGAGCUAAGUUUACUGUAAGAACUGACAACAACCCAUUAACAUAUGUGUUGACCUCUGCCAAACUCAGUGCAGUCGGACAUCGUUGGCUUGCUGCCCUUGCCACCUACGAGUUCACCAUCCAAUACCGACCUGGGAGGCAAAAUAUCGAUGCUGACUUGUUGUCUCGACAAUACUCUCCAGAGGAGGCUAAAGAGUGGACUAGUGUCCCACCUGCUGGCAUCAAAGCCCUCUGCAAGCGAGCCUGCAUCAGUGGAGAGGCUGAUGUGCCCGACAGAUUGGUGGACCAGUUGGGAGCUCCUGCUGCAGCUGUACCAGAAGCUUAUGUGUUCCCAGUGAACCUUAGCAUGAACGUGCUGGAUCAGCUAAGUCCGAAAGAUAUCCAGGCAUCACAAGACAUGGACCCAACAAUUGGGCCAUUAAAGAAGGCACUGGAAAAGAAUAAAGGGCUGACACGCUCAAAAAAUGAUUCACCUGAGACUGUGUUGCUCUUACGCGAAAGCCGAAAGUUGGAAUUAAAGGAUGGAUUACUCUACAGAGUAAAAGAAAAAACAUGCGGAAAACAGAUCAAACAACUUGUCUUACCAGCCAGAUACCGCCCAAUGGUGUUAAGGUCUCUACAUGAUGAGUGCGGACACAUGGGAAUGGAACGCACUACCGAACUGAUCAAAGACAGAUUUUAUUGGCCGCGAAUGACAGCUGAGGUUGAGCAGUACAUUCGAACCUGUGGUAGAUGUAUCUCCAGGAAGACACUCCCUCAGCAUGCCUCGCCCUUGAAUCAAAUAACAAGUAAUGGCCCUCUAGAUUUAGUCUGCAUUGACUUUUUGCAGAUAGAGCCUGACUCUAGAGGUGUUGCUAAUGUGUUAGUAGUGACAGACCAUUAUACACGUUACGCACAAGCAUUUGCUACAAAAGAUCAAAAGGCUAUCACCGUUGCAAGAGUAUUGUGGGAGAAGUAUUUUGUGCACUACGGCCUACCUGCACGGAUACACUCGGAUCAAGGACGAGAUUUUGAAAGUCGCCUGAUCAAAGAACUCUUGUCCAUUACGUCGCCAGGAUGA